CUUGGAUUGAUCGAUCCAUGUCCUGUCUUUCCUUCUCAAUCGCGCUCACUCUCACUCGCGCUCUCACAUCACAGAUUUCCACACACAAUCUUUCUGUUGCGUGCCUUUAAUGCAAGACAGGAACAAGGGCGCGCAGCGCAACAGACAAACGCAACAGGAAUUCCCCGGCCGCCAGGGCAUUCUUCCAGCUCUCGGCCGUGAAUCGUGAUCUCCCUCCUCUCCUCUCCUCCCAAUCGAUCGGAUAGGUCAGCGCCGAAAAAUUCGAUCUUCCUGGGAAUCCCCGCAAUAUCGAAUUCAUCGAUCCCAAUGGCGGCCGCCCUUCUUAAAUCUGGGAGUCGCGCCGCGGUAUCCAAUCGACACCCCCAGGGCUAGCCAGGACGAUCCAACUCCUCUCCCUAGAUCGAUCAAAGUCCUUCGCGAUGAUCGCCUCCUCCUCCUCUUCGCCGUCGUGCUCUUCUAGCUACUGCUGCUUGCUCUUGAUCCAGAGCGUCAUCUCGAUCUGCUGCUGCACGGCCGCACGAUCCCUGCUCGCUCCAGUCGGAGGAGGAGGAGGAGGAGGAGGAGCAUUGGAAUAUCAUGGACACCCAUCCUCGAGUACCGAUCUGGAUGUCAGCCCCGCGCAGCCUGCGAGAGGCGAGCUGAGCUUCAAGAUCGGAUCCAGGCCUCCCAGCUGCUCCAACAAGUGUAAUUCCUGCCUCCCCUGCCAAGCAGUCCAGGUCCCAGCACCACUGUCUCAUCAGAGCCCCUCUUCUUCCUCCACUCCUUCCUCUUCCUCUUCCUCUUCCUCUUCUUCCCCACAGGGGGAAUCUUCCUCCCCACCAAGCCAAGUCUGCAGUGAAUAUUCCAACUACAAGCCUGAGGGGUGGAAGUGCAAGUGUGGCAACAAGCUCUACAAUCCAUGACACAACAGAAAAGCCACUUUUUUUUUU